AUGUCGGAAGAUUGUUGUAUUUUUUACAGGUUUGGAAGUGAGAAGAACAUAUGGCGUGAACUUCACAGCCAGAGUAGUUCGGGAAUACUAAUCUCAGAUUUGAAGAUUAAAAUAGCCCAGGAGUCGUCUCUAACCCGCGAGUUUGCAAGGAAAACAAACCUCUUAAUCUCACUAUACGACGAUAAUAAACCUAAUGAACUGUUUCCCUUGGAUGAUAACAUUGUAAUUCACAGUGGCUCCAGGCUAAUUAUUAACCGUGUGGCCUGGACGCCCUCAAAACCCAUAGUUCACCAGGCAAAAUCAUAUAUCGACGUAACAGUUGGCGGUAAAGUACCAGGAAAGCGUAAAUUACCAAUCUCGCUGAUCUGCCAACUAUGCCACAAACCCUUAAACCAGCCUUAUCUUGUUAAAUGUUCAGCUCGCUGUGGCUGUACUGGAUGCAAAAACUGCCUUGAAGAAUGCCUUGGUGAAUCAUUACCAGAUUUCAACAGCACGGAUCCAUAUCAAAGUGAUCAGAAUAUUGAAAUAAAGUCAAAAGUUGAUCUGCCAAGUGAUGAUGAUUUGGGGAAUAAUGUAAAAUUAGAAGAUGAUAAAAUUAAUGUAAAACUAGAGAAUUAUGAAGAUGAUGUAAAAUUAGAAAAUUAUGAAGAUAAUAUAAAACUAGAAAUUAUGGAGAAUGUAAAGCUAGAAAAUUUUGAUGAGUUGGAAUAUAAUUUGGUAGCGAAUGUUGAGGAUGAGAUGUGCGAGAUGUAUUUGUUAGAGGAGAAGAAGGGUUGUCCGUUUUGUGGUCAUGGAUUUGUAAGCGCGUGUUUGAAGAACAGAAAGCUUCAGGCGCUUCUGGAAGGCAUUGAUAUUGAGACGUUUGAAGUCCCAGAGGAGAUUGAAUUUUACUUUCCGACUCCACACUCAUUAGCAUUCACACACCAGCAGUUUCCUCAACACUUUUUACUAGAAAUUCAAAGUGAUCUUUAUCAACUGGUUUUGGAGAAAAUGCUCAUUCCAGUUUUUGACAGUAGUAUACUAGAUUCCAACGUCGUUAAAUAUCACACCACUAAUGUUGAUAACAUUAAUCUUGAAAAUGAUGAAAAAAGUGAAAUUGACGAAUCUUCCGAUAAUAAUUUAAAUGCUGAAAAUGUGAAUUUAGUAAAAUCGGAAAAUUUUGAAAAAAGUUCAAACAGUAGUGAAGUUGAUCAGGUUGUUAAUAUAAACAUUGAUGAAAGCGUGAUAUGUAUAAUAUUAGUAAGACCACAGCCUGAUGUAAUAAGUUUAUGUGGAAUAAUGAGGUUGUUGUACGAAAUGCCAGACGUAGAUUUUUUGAAUAAAACUGGUUCUAGAACCUCCUUGAAAUUUGAUUGGAUCAAGCACAACACAGUUCCAAUAAAUGUGCCAGCAACUAAGCAGCCAUUAUACGGGCUUUUGGGGGGUAAAAAAUACACAAACGUCUCACUCAAUAGUGAGGGCGAGGUGAUGUGGAGGUACAAGACGGAACGAAUGGUCGAGGUUGGAAUUGACCCAAAGUGCUACAACUCGAUUCUGCUGUCCCUCUUCAAUAAUUUGGACAUUGAGAUGAACUUGGAAAAAAGUAAAAAAAAUUGGCUCCAAACUUUCUUUCCCUCACCUCAGCCUUUAUAUGUGACGGGGUCUGGGAAGGUAGUUAAGGAGUCAGAUAUCGCAGAGGGAGACGAAGUGGAUAAGGGAAACCCUUUUUUGGGUUACGCUGGGUUGUUUCCGUUUCUAAGUAGAUCACAAUUUGACCAGGUGAGGAAGACACAGAGAAGAGUCAAGGAACAGUAUUUGAAGGAUUUGACAAAACAAAUAAUGGUGAACACACACCCGGACAAGGGGAGACUAUUACUCGAAAAACUAAACCAUAACAUUUGGUUCUCUAACAUUGAAUACACAACUUCAACAUGA